CUUAGUAUACACCAGGAAAUUCAUACUGGAGAAAAGCCAUACCAAUGUAAAGAAUGUGGAAAAGCUUUUAAUCAAAGAUCAAGCCUUACUCAACACCAGAGAAUUCAUACCGGGGAGAAACCAUACAAAUGUAAAGAAUGUGCCAAAGCUUUUAAUAAAAAAUCAAACCUUAUUCAACACCAGAGAAUUCAUACUGCAGAGAAACCUUACAAAUGUAAGGAAUGUGACAAAGCUUUUAAUCAAAAAUCAUGCCUUACUCAACAUCAGAAAAUUCAUACUGGAGAAAACCCAUACAAAUGUAAAAUAUGUGGCAAAGCUUUUAGUGGAAACUCAGGACUUAUUAUUCACCAGCUGAUUCAUACUGGUGAAAAGCCAUACAAAUGUAAAGAAUGUGGCAAAGCUUUUAAUCAAAGAUCAUACCUUACUCAACACCAGAGAAUUCAUGCUGGGGAGAAACCAUACAAAUGUAAACAAUGUGGAAAAGUCUUUAAUCAAAAAUCAAACCUUACUAAACACCAGAAAAUUCAUACUGGGGAGAAGCCAUACAAAUGUAAAGAAUGUGGUAAAGCUUUUAAUCAAAAUGCAUGCCUUGCUAAACACCAGAUAAUUCAUACUGGAGAAAAGCCAUACAAUUGUAAACAAUGUGGCAAAGCAUUUAAUCAAAAAUCAAAUCUUAGUAAACACCAGAAAAUUCAUACUGGAGAGAAGCCAUACAAAUGUAAAGAAUGUGGCAAAGCUUUUAAUCAAAAUUCAUACCUUACUAAACACCAAAGGAUUCAUACUGAAGAAAAGCCAUACAAUGUAAAGAAUGUGGCAAAGCUUUUAAUUGAAGAUUAUACCUUAUAAAACACCAGAGAAUUCAUACUGGGGAGAAAGCAUGC